AUGAGGGAGCCAAUGCUGAGCUUCUUCCUUCCUUCUGACCUCUCUGCACCCAGUUCAGCAGCCCAAGAGAAGGAAACUCUGAGCCUCUCCGUCCAUGGGCACGACCGACCCGUCUCCCUCACAUCACCACCAAACUGCAGGCGGAUAAGGGGGAGCCAACAGCACGAAUGUUUGCCACCGGGCAGCAGGCAGGGCAGGGGUCCAGCAAACCGUGGACCUCCUCCAGGCAGCGCCCUCACCGGGGGCGAGACCCCAGCAGGAGGAAGAGACUUCGGCGCUGCGGGGAAGGGACAGAGGGGGCCGCCCGGCGCGAUCGCCCACUCCUCGCCUCCCGAGGACCCCGGCAGCCGGGGAAGGUCCUCCGGGGUCCGGCGCCGUCUCUCGCGGAGUCCAGGCGGCCGCGAAGCCGCCUCUCGGCUCUGGCCGGGUUACCGGCCCACAGUCACGCGCGCAGGUGAGGCGUGGACAGGUAACCGCACCUGCUGCCCGCCCCACCUGCUGCGCCCCCGCGCCAGGGUCGCUCUCCGCCACCCGCGCGGUCGGCUCGGCUCCUCCCCCGCGCGCCGGGGCGUCACGCACCGACCUACCUGGGCGACUCCAGCCCGGGACUCACGGGACUCCCACGCCGCCGGCAGCGUGCAGCGUGCGCCGGGGGCGCGCCGGCCCCGCGCCCGCACCGGCCCCGCAACCGCCCCGCACCGGCCUCGGCACUUUCCCGGCGGCCACCAGCGGCGGCUCAGCGGGAAGCCCCAGAUCUGCCCGACUCCCCACCGCCCACCGGCUCCAUUGUGA